GUGUAAUCUUGGAGUGGGGGAGAAUUCAAUAUGUCCGAAUCGGCGUCUGUGUGAGUUAGCGAGGUUAUGUUUUUCGUUUAUCAAUAAUAAUAAAAACUGUUCGUAAAUUAUAUAAAGAAAUUGGAGAAAAAGAAUAUUAAUUUAUAAAGAUGUCGAUGCUUUAUGGAGGUGAUGAAAUUGGAGCAGUUGUUUUGGAUUUGGGUCACAAUUCCUUGAGAGUUGGUUAUGCUCAAGAGGAUACGCCAAAGGCCGAAAUUCCAGCGGUUGUUGGUAUUGGAGAAGAUGCCAAUGGCACCGCUGCUCCAGUUGAAUCAAUGGAGAUUGAUGACAAAAAGCCGGAUAACAAUAUUUGUCAAACGACGUCAAAAUAUUAUAUUGACACAACGACACUUCACGUACCUCGAAAAAAUAUGGAAGUUGUCAGUUACAUGAAAGACGGCAUGAUCGAAGAUUGGGAUCAUUUUGAAAAGGUGCUCGAUUACACUUAUUCGCGUGUAAUUCAAUCAGACGCGGAAUAUCAUCCGGUAUUGUUUUCCGAAUCGCCUUGGAAUGUUCGGAGUAAACGAGAAAAAUUGACGGAACUUAUGUUCGAAAAAUACAAUGUACCAGCAUUUUUCCUUGUGAAAAAUGCCGUUUUAGCCGCAUUUGCAAAUGGAAGAGCAACGGGAAUUGUUGUUGAUAGUGGAGCAACUCACACCUCCGCUGUUCCAGUUCAAGAUGGAUUUGUUUUAACACAAGCAAUAGUUAAAUCUCCACUUGGUGGCGAUUACAUUAGUAUGCAAUGCAGACAAUUUUUACAAGAGCAAGAAAUCGAUUUAUCGCCAGCAUAUAUGAUUGGUAGUAAAGAAGUUGUCAAAGAUCAUGAUAAACCGCGAUGGGUGAAGAAGAAAAAUAUACCUGAAGUUACAAAAUCCUGGCACAAUUAUAUGGUGAAGAAACUUAUUCAGGAUUUCCAAGCGACUUGCCUUCAAGUAUCCGAGACUCCAUACGAUGAGAAAAUCGUUUGUACCGUUCCUGCUGUGCAAUAUGAAUUUCCAACUGGAUAUCGACAGGAUUUCAGUAGCGAAAGAUUUCGAAUACCCGAAGCGCUUUUUGAUCCAAGUAUGGUACAAAUGAGAGGCGGAAUGGUUGGCAAUACAAUGUUGGGAGUUGGUCAUAUUGUAACGACAAGCGUUGGAAUGUGCGAUGUUGAUGUUCGACCAGCACUUUAUGGUAGUGUCGUUGUCACUGGUGGAAAUUCAUUUAUUCAAGGCUUCCCCGAGCGUUUAAAUCGUGAUCUUUCAGUGAGAAUACCGUCCAGCAUGAGAUUGAAAUUAAUAAGUGCAAAUGGUUGCGCUGAACGUCGAUUUGGUGCAUGGAUUGGUGGUUCAAUUUUAGCUUCAAUUGGUACAUUCCAACAAAUGUGGCUCUCAAGUCAAGAAUACGAGGAGAGUGGCAAAAGUCAAAUCGAACGAAAAUGUCCAUAAUUCUUCAUAUAUUGUCAAUAAUAAAUUAUUAUAUAUAAUUUUUUUUCGAUUUUUACCAAUUUUUUUUUUAGAUCUUAAUUUUGAGAUUUAAAUUUUGUUUUUUCUAUACAUGAACUUUGACGACGAUCUAUUUUUAGUAAAUAUUAUUUAUAAGAAAUUAUAAAAAAAAAAGAAAGGAAAAACCAAUUAGGUAUUUACCUAAUAUUAUUAUAAAUAAAAUUACGAACAAUUUAACGUAAAAAAAAAUAA